AUGAAGGUGCUUUUCGUACUUCUCGUCAUCUGCCUAUACUGCUCCGUUACAAUCGCUCAAAUGACUUUUACUGAUCAAUGGACUAAGAAGAAUGUUAUUCCACAACAACCUGAAAGAAAAGAAAUGAUCUGUUCAUCCAAGAGAACUAUGGAUGCUCAUGCGCAACUUGAACGUAUCCAGCAAGCUCAAGCUCGUAUAAACAGUUAUUUGGAAUUUUGCUAUCAGAAUUAA